AUGGCCCUUCUAAGUUUUUUCUUAUCACCAUGGAUGGCUUGCACCAUCCCCGUUUGGAUAGUCCUCUACUAUACCAUCCCAUAUUUCACCACUUAUAAAUCAUUAUCUCAUGUCCCAGGACCGUUCAUCGCAAAAUUUAGUAAUAUCUGGGUUGGAAUCAGUGCCCGACGGGGACAAAAGUUCGCCGCCGUGGAUACUGCCCACAAAAAGUAUGGAAAUGUCGUUCGCAUCGGUUUCAACCAUGUUUCCAUCGCCGAUGAAAGAGCCUUGAAUGUUGUAUAUGGACAUGGAAAUGGAUUUCUCAAAGAUCACUACUAUGAGGCAUUUAUCGCACGUGCACCUGGGAUGUUCAAUGUACGAGAUCGGGCAGAACACACUCGUAAACGGAAGAUCAUUUCGCAUGCCUUUUCUCCCAAGUCUGUUGCUGCAUUUGAGCCUCACAUGGCAGCCAAUCUCCAACGAUGGGUCAAUCAGUUAGACCAUAUCGCAGUAUCCGGGUCACAGACGGGUAUUCGCAAUGAUUUUGCACGAUUCAAUGCCAUGCCUUGGUUCAGUUACCUAGCCUUCGAUAUCAUCGGAGACCUAGCGUUUGGAGCUCCAUUCGGAAUGGUCAAUAAAGGGAAAGAUGAAACAGAAGUCCAGUUUACACCAGGAGGACCUAUUUCUUUAGCUCCUGCCGUCGAGGUCCUAAAUCGACGCGGAGAAGUAUCUUCAACACUAGGUCUUCUCCCGGCGCUGCGUCCCCAUGCUAAAUACCUCCCCGAUCCAUUUUUCACGAAGGGAAUAGCCGCAGUUGAGAACCUCACUGGAAUCGCGGUCGCUGCUGUUUCAACUCGACUAGAUGCCGCAGAGAAAGGCAUGGUGGAUACGCGAAACGAUAUUUUGUCUCGCUUACUACAAGCAAAAGAUGCAAGUGGAGCCCCGAUGGGUCGCGAAGAACUCACGGCUGAAGCUUUAACCCAGCUAAUUGCUGGUUCUGAUACCAUCUCCAAUACUGCUUGUGCGGUAUUCUACUGGAUUCUUCAUGGCGAGCGAAACGCUCCGAACACGAUCAUUCCUCGAUUACGAGAAGAGCUCGAUAACGCUAUUGGUCAUGGUACAGAGAUAGCUUCAUACAGCCAAGUCAGAGAUCUACCUUUCUUGCGCCGCUGUAUCGACGAAGGAAUGCGUCUACACUCUACAUCAGCGAUCGGUCUCCCACGUCUUGUUACGGAUAGUGGAUUGGGAGUUGAAUUCGAUGGAUUUUUCUUCCCGCCUGGAACUGUUUUGUCAGUUCCAUCAUACACUAUACAUCAUAUGGCUGAAAUAUGGGGUGAAGAUGUUGAGGAAUUCAAGCCGGAUCGUUGGCUGAAUCUAACGCCGCGGCAAAAGAUUUGCUUUAAUCCGUUUUCUUAUGGGCCUCGUGCUUGUGUUGGGCAGAAUGUAGCGAUCAUGGAGUUGCAGCUUAUUAUUGGGACUUUGUUUCAUCGGUAUGAUUUUGCUUUGUAUCAACCGAAGAUGGAGUCGCAUGAAGGUUUCUCGAAGAAACCUAAGGAAUGUUAUGCUGGGAUUAAGCUGCGAUCUACUUGA